AUGGUUUCCGCACUCGGAGUGGGCACAUACAAACGCCUGCCAAUGCAAUGGGCGGGUGUUUUAAAUGUAGUGGGCCUGCAAGGCUACAGUGGUUGUGAACAGAGAGCAUACGACACCAUGAUUGACUUAGGACGUGCGCCAGGAAAAGCUUUGCCAGUGCUGCUUAUUGAGGAAGGCGCGGUUGGACUAGACGGCUCCACACCAUUGGGCUCGGCAGGCUUGGCAGCAUCUGGGCUGGUCUGGUACUUCGCAAUGUCACGCCUGUUGCAUAGAGAGUGGGACAGCAGGUAUUUGGAUUUCAGAGUUUUCAAAGUGGAUUACAUUUACGACAUCAAAGAAUUGGGUCAAGAGCCAGGCUGGUCGGUUUCCAUUGGUGACGUAGUCACUUUCACGGGGGAGGUGAUGCAUAUGGUGGGCUGCGGAGGGAAGUGGAUUGUGAAGAUGGUGGAUGUAAAGAAUCUGUUGCGACUGUUGUAG